AUGGACGUGCCAUUUCAUUCUUCGGGUGCCAUAAGUAGAGCACACUACGCUAUCGUUCGCAAGGUGGAGACAGCCCCUUCUACACAAUCUGCUGAUCAACACCUUUUUCUGGAAAUCAAAUCCGUACAAGAGCAACUGGUGUACUCGAAGCUAACUUUGGGAAAAUGCAAGGAACUACUGUUAAUAUUGCUAUACUGUGCGACCACCGUCUCGCCUGGACUUCUGGGAAAAGAUGCCUUUGAGUUCGCGUUCCUUCAUGCAAUCAACCUGGCGGAGGCAGGCCAGAAGACUGAAGACAAGCGCAUAGGAUAUCUCUUUUGCUCAGAAAUAAUGCCUCUGGAUCAUGAGUUGCGGUUGAUGUUGGUCAACACCUUGCGUAAAGACUUGGAGAGCAACGAUGUCCCACGCAUAUGUUUGGCUUUGGACAACCUCAUAGGCUCACCUACAGAGGACGUCGUCCCGGCUGUUCAGUCGCGCUUACACGAUCUGCUCUCGCACGACUAUUUGCAUGUCAAGCGUCGAGCAAUCCUGGCCUGUCGUGCACUGUCAACCCAUAAUGCCGCUUUAGUGCAUCGCAUACAUACUGUAUUGCUCAGAAGAUUGAAGGAUCCGGACGAAUCGGUUGUAAAGGCAGCUAUGGCCGUGCUAGGUAGCAAUACUCCAACUGAUGAAGCCAUCUCCGUGAAGACAAGAAACAAACUCAAUGAGAUAUUGGUGAUUGAGGCCUCCUCCUUGAAUGAAGUUGAUCCUGGCAUGAUCAUCCACCUUUUGACAUGUCUGAGGAGUAUUGGAGUUGCUGAUUCAAAUGCUUCACGUUUGCUUGAACUUAUUCAGCGACAUUCGCAUACAACAACCUCCAACUUGUUGUCAAGAGCUGUACUUCUCGAAUGCUUCAGGACACUGACCAGCUUGAAGUCCGAUCUGUGGAUGUCAACAGAAGACUCUUAUAAGAUUUCUGCCAUCCAAUGCGUACGGGAUUUCUUGAUGUCGCAGGAUCCCAACGACACCUACCUCUUCAUAUCCUGCUUGGAAUGUACGGACGUCGCCUCCUGGGCCGGAACAACGCCUAAGUGUCCUGCUGUAUUGGAAGCUCAAGAAUUUGGAAGAAUCAUGGAUUUAUUGACCUCUCCGGAUCAGCUGAUAAGUAAAAAGGCUUUGAGGGUUGUCAACAACGUUGAUCCAGGCAUUCUCGAUGUCCAAAUGGAUUUGAUAUUACAGUCACUAUCAACUUCCAACACAGUAAACCCAGUUAUUCUGCGAAGGUUGAUGGACAUCGUCUUCAUUCGACACGGGGACGAUGGGGAAAGAUAUGCUGCACGCGUUAUCGAACUUGUCGGGGAGUUGGACAGACUGCGGACGCAGCCACACUUAUUCAAAGAUGUUGUCGAGGCUGUCCUUCUCGAUACCCGGAUAUCUUCGAUUCCCACAUUUCUCGUUGAUUGUUCCGCACAUUUCGUCAAUAUGUUGGUCGAUUCUGACCAGCUUCUCGGACCUACUUCCCUCGUAAUUGCAACUGCCUUGUCAACAGAGUUUUCCGGCAAGUUAUCCACGCCUCCCGGUCAGAUGUUGUUAGGUUUGGCUUCUAGACUCAGAGCAUCUCCUGCCAUCGUCCAGGAGCCUUGCUUAAUAGCUAUGCUACGAGUUAGAGCAGAUUGCGACGACGUAUCAUCGGAAGUCGUAGAAACUGUGACAGCAACCCGUCAUUCUGCUCGGAAAUCAGUUCAGACCAGAUGCGACCAAUUCCUCGAAGUGGUGGAUAAGAAGCAAAUCCUUCAAGAAAUUGUCAAUCAAGCAAUAUCAUCUUCUCUCCCUGACUUUUUGACGGCCUUACAAAACUGCUGCGCCCUGGGAGGGGCAUCGAGGUCUUCAACGUCUACUUCUCGGGCUUCACCACGGGUAUCACGCCCGUCCAGCGCGCUGAAGUAUGCAGCCUACGAAGCACCGGUUGUAACCCCUCGGUUGAGGGCUAGAAGAAUGUCAGGUUCUCAGCGAAGUGUUUCGAGCUCUCGUUCUGAUACCUUGUCGGAUCCGCACCAUCUUUCCACAUCGCCACCGAUGACUCCCGGCCGCUUGGCGUUGGCUGUGGGUUUGCAGGAUCUCCACAUUCAGGAGGACCCUGACUUGCUAUCAUCGAGCAGACGAGAGCACAGGAAAGACGCUUUUGGGGAAACGCGAGCAGACCUCAUUAACUUCGAGUCACCCUUUCAAACAGAGCCCUUUCCCGCCUUGGCAAAUCAAGUGCCGCCCGAGGAGGAGGAUGCUGGUAGCUUCGAAGAUCUCUGGAACGCGUUCAACACUCUGUGUGACCUUCGUGGUUGGUGUAAGGUUUCAAUGGACACAGUUAUUAGGAGGCUCCAGCGCCUCGAUCGCCACCGUCUGCAAGUCAUAUCCGCUGACGUUCCUCCCUUCGUAGGGGAGCUCAAAAUUGUAAUCAUUCCAGAUGAGAGGACUACACAACCUUUACAGUCUAGUGCCGUUGCUCUACGUCUCCGAGAACCGGAAGAAGAUUCCUGCUUGUGGAGGCUCCGCUGUGCUGAUCCCGAAGUAGGUGCACGAAUACAUGGCAUCUUAGAUACAUGA